GGGUAUAGGUGUGUUUUUGUACGAGCCGUGGGGUUUCGUGGAAACAUCCUAAAGGCUCUUCGCUUUCGCGAAUUACGUAUCGCGCAAGGCGACCGAGCCGUGAUUUAGCGGAGUAGGUCUUUUAGGAAACUCAACUUCAGGUGCGUAAAUCGUUCUAUAUAAAAUAUGUGAUAAAAACCUUUUUGCAAAUUUACACGUUGGGUCGGCGAUUUCUAGCUCUUUUUUCAAAAUGAGGGGUGAGGAUGAAUUACCUUCCUAUUUCUUGUCUAAGGAUUGCUGAUAAUUCGGUGGAGAAUUAUGUAUUACAAGUUUAUUGCGUAUCCUUCAUGGUUGGUGAGACCCAUUAUAGGCCCCCUUUUCAUUCCACUCUUCACUUUGUGCAGCAUCGCCUACAUAUUUCAUUUUAUGCAUGUCAAAAACGACCCAUUUUGCUGGUUCAAACUCUUUCCUUACAUUUCAAUAUAAGACACGAAUCUCCACGACCCAUUCUGAGUAAUCGCUGCUUCAUUAGUUCUCUCCCGGGUAUAUACUGCUUCUACCUCUCGAACUUAAUUAUCGAUUACAAGUGAAUGUGGUUGAUGAUUAGUAUAAUACAUGCCAUUUAUUAAUACAUUAUCCACUAUCACACCCUUACU